AUGAAGAUACCUGAUAAAGACCCAGCCAGUGCUCAGCUGUUGCCCAUGUGGGAACCAGACCUUCUGGGUGUGAUGACCAUAGUAGGCUUUGCAAUGAGAAAAGCUUCAUGGGACUUCAUUUCUAGCUCAGAAAAGUGCACCAUCAGCAGUUCAUCCCCAUGCAUGGUUAGCCCCAUCCACCACAGAAAGUCCAGGGAAAGGGCUGCUGGAAGAACAGUGUGGAUUGGUCUUCUGCCUUGUGAGGGUGGUUGGGAUCUUGGAAAGGGUAUGCGUAUGUGCAGAGAAAUUCACUUCAAUGUAUGAGGCUGUGGAGAGUACACUUCCUACCACUGUAAAGAAAUGCAUCACUACCUCCCAGACUAGUGGUAUAAGGCUGACUACUGUCAGUACGAUUACUGCAACACUUGGCCCAGUGCCUAGCUCCAGAUCUCUGCCUGGGCCCCCGAGAAGACGCCUGGCCUUGUCCCUGUCCCAGAUAUACCAGUUCACCCAGGCCCAGCCACCCUGUCCUGGAGCUGGGUAU